CACACACUCUCACCCUCACCCUCCCCGUAAAUCCUUUGUGCUUAAAUUUCGCGUUAACAUGGCUCUGGAGACAAUUUUAGGUAUCAAGGGACCCGACUUCGUGAUGCUCGCCUCCGAGACAAUGCAGGCCAAGUCCCUGAUCUUCAUGAAAGAUGACCAAUCGAAGAUCCACCGCCUCUCGGACUUCUCCAUGAUCGCCACCGUGGGCGAUGGCGGCGACACCCUGCAGUUCACGGACUUCAUAUCGAAGAACCUGCACCUGUACAAGAUCGCCAACGGGUACCACCUGAGCCCCCGGGCCACGGCGCACUUCACGCGCAAGAAUCUGGCCGACUACAUACGGACCAACACCAGGUACCAGGUGGCCAUGCUGCUGGCCGGCUACGACGCCGUCGAGGGGCCCGACCUGCACUACAUCGACUCGUACGGGGCGGCCCAGUCGAUCAACCACGCCGGCCACGGCUGGGGCAGCAUCUUCUGCGGCAGCAUCCUGCAGCGGUUCUGGGACCAGAAGCUCUCCCAGGACCAGGCCGUCUCCAUCCUCAAGAAGUGCGUGGCCGAGAUCCAGAAGCGUCUGAUCAUCAACCAGCGCAACUGGGACGUGUUCGUGGUGGACGGCAGCGGCAUGCGGCAGCUGGAGAGCAUCAAUCCGGCCUCCCUGAACUAUGAUGUCCUCAGCCUGAACUGGUAGAGCGCCAACAUUGUGUUCCGCAGUUUCUUAAAGCCCAAUAAUUGUGCUCUUCGUUUGGGCAAAGUUUUA